GCUUGCCCCAUUCUUCGCCAACCUCAAAGCAGUAAGAAUCUUGGCGAAUCACAACACUGCUGCAAUACUCGAAGAACCGGGCCUCGCCAGCCUGCUGGAUGGAACCAGGACCGAACCUUUGUAUUGGAAAUGCCUAAACGCCACUGUUAGGUACUGCGGAAUAGCUGAUGUUGUGCUCAAGCUUGACCCGGCUGUUCAAAUGAUGGAUGAAGAGGGGAACUAUGAAUGGCGCAACGUUGUCACUGUGGCAUCCCGUGAAGAUGUUCAGAAAUUCGAGAUUUGGAGAUUGGAUGCCCUCGAAUUGUGAUGCGGCGGCUGAACAGACAUGAUCUUUAUAUCACGGGUGAUAACGAGCGACAAUUUGUGAAGCAAAGUCUAGCAUGGCUAUUCACUUGGCAAUCUCAGGCACUAACACCACUUGCUCACAAGAAAGUCACAAAACACAAUCGGCACGCCUCAACAACCUUGAUCAUGGAGCAAACUCUUUGUUGCAAGUCUGGGUUGCUGGUCAGCUAUGACCUCAAAGGGACUCAAAUACCGAUAUCCCGCCGCCUACGACUCAUCAACGCAGAACCACGCUGCUUUGUUCCACCUAGCUGCGAAAUAACUGCAGGAAUGAUUUAUGAUGUUACCGGCGCAACUACAAAACCUUUUCUUCCAACACCACGCUCGGCAUUUCAUCGCGACAUCCCUCGGAUCCAUCCCUGCGCAAUCCGGCGCCGAAGCAGCGACUCUGACCCUCAGCCGCUGCGCCGAUCUGCUCAGGAUCCCCGUUCGACAAUCAUGCUCUACGGACCCGGUCGCACAAUUAUCACCAAACUCCCCGCCCGUCGGCUGUUCGCUCUUUCAGCUACGCGCCCAAGAAUCUAUCCCGGCAUAAAACCCUCGAGACAACACUACAAGCUAUUGAGUGUAAAGCCUCCGCCUCGACGUCCCGACAUACUAGAUAAAGGUGGGGUUGCGCAAGCACUACAACUCGCGAGUCCGCCAUCCCUUCAACCGCCGCGCCGGAAAGAAAGUCCCUCCCGUGGCAUCCUGAAGCCAGUUUGCAGCAGCAAUGUCGGCCUGGGAUUACUUCCUCCUCACGCCGGCCAUGAUCGCAAUGUGACCUGGGGCAAGGAUCAAGUCCGAAUCAUCGAAAGGAUCGGGUGUCGGACGACGCCGCCGCUUCAGAAAGACCAUCGAGAACAUGCUACCUACAUGAAGAGACGCACCGCGCUAUAUCACAUCAUCGUGCAGGAUGUGCAGUGCUCCAAAGACAUACUCGCCUCGCAGUCAGUCGAGGAAGAAGUCUCGGAAGUACAGGCCGAAAAUUAUUAUACCGCCACGCUCGCUUCUUACUGUGCUGGUGCCAAACCGCUCAGUGAAAUCCUCACUGAUUGGCGUUUGCCAACGGACACUACGACACUGUACAAAGCCUACCACACACGGUUGGCAAACAUGAGGUGCCCUCUCGAAGACCGUAUACGCCUUCAUAUCUUCUUCGCAAAGCUAGAGUGUUGUCAAAACGAUCGCGCGUAUCAUGCCGAUUUUAUUAUCGAGAUGAUCAACAGAGCCAAGGAGAUCCCUACAGGACCCAAGAACAAGCGCCACCGGUUGAUCAACGGAGCAAUGGAAGCUGUUUACUUUGAGAAAUACCUGAACAGCGCGGAGGGAGUACUCUCCGACUACAAUGGAGGCUAUAGACUCAAUGUCUGCUGGAACCGCCUCGCUGAAGGCAGUGAAGGCCAGCGGCUCUACAUGGAGAAUGCUGCAUCCACGGAGAAUUCGGCCAAUGUCAGACUUCGUCUGAUGGACGUGGAUGAUGAUGAUGGUGUAAGCAGUCUUAUCCUGGCCAUGGCAAGACUGAGUGUCAAAUAGAAACAGGCUCUAUUGGUCUAGAAAUCUCUGCUUUAAAUGUUCGCUCCCACAAACAUUUGUAACAUCAGCAUCGCGCAUUGCUGUAAUUCUAGAACUUACCAUACAAGCAUUAAAUCACAUCAACCACUCUUUCAAAA